AUGGUUACUCAACAUGGCGACCACCAUCAUAUCCCCGCCCACUUCCGCAUCCAUAAACCCGGCGCAUGGCUCCCUGCUGACCAUCGCGUCCAUCGGCAAUACCUCUCCAACAUAACCUCCUACAUCGACUCGCACCCCGAGGAAAAGCUCACGCCCGCCCUCGAGGAAUUCAAGCAGCUCAUUGAGGGAAAUUCCCGUGUGUACAUGUACUUUGUGCAGAUGUUUGACGAAAUUCCCCGGAAGCACCCAUAUUGGCAUGAUCCAACUGGGGUGAAGCAGAUUCGCGACUACAAGCAUAUGCUGCAGGUGCUGAAUCAUAUUGUUACGAGGGCGCCGGAGUGGACGGAGGCAGCGGAGAGUGUGGGCGUAGUGGGAGUUCCAAUGUGUGCUAUUUUUGAUUACCCGAUGGGUACGCCGAGUGGACAUGCGGCGUUUUUAGAUCCAGAUGUAAACAGAGCGUUGAAGAAGGUGCUGAAUGAAUGGGGGAAAUAUCUGCAGUCACCAGCAUCAGCAGAAGUCCUGGGCGACCACAAACUAGGCUGGUUCGGCCAAACCGGCAUCAACGACCUCGUCCAAGUCGCCAACGCCCCCUACAAGUCCAACAUGAAGUUUGAAGAAAUGUUCAUCUGCGACCCAACCGCAAAACACAUGGGCUUCAAGUCCUGGGACGACUUCUUCACCCGAAAACUCCACGAUUCCGCACGCCCCGUCGCCUCCCCCACCGACGACACCGUCAUCGCCAACGCCUGCGAAUCCAAAGUCUUCAACAUAGAGCACAACAUCAACCUCCGCGACAAGUUCUUCGCCAAGGGCCAGCCCUACUCCCUCGUCGACAUGUUCGCCCACGACCCCCUCGCGCACAAAUUCGUCGGCGGCACAAUCUACCAGGCGUUUUUGUCGGCGCUGUCCUACCACCGCUGGCACUCGCCCGUCUCGGGGACAGUGAAGCGCGCGUUUGUCCAGGACGGGACGUACUUCAGCGAGCCGCUCAACGAAGACGACGGGGAUACGGACGUCAAGAUUGACACGAGGGGGAUUACGGUUGCGCAGGGGUAUUUGUCGGCGCUGGCGACGAGGGCGGUCAUUGUGCUGGAGGCGGAUGAGAAGGCGAUUGGGCUGGUGGGCUUUGUGGGGAUUGGGAUGGACGAGGUGAGUACGUGUGAUGUUACGGUGCGGGAGGGACAGCAUGUGAAGAAGGGGGAUGAGUUGGGUAUGUUUCAUUUUGGGGGGUCGAGUCAUUGUUUGGUGUUUGGGAAGGGGGUGAGGGUUGAGGGGUUUCCGGGCGUGGGGAGGGAUGAGAAUGUUCCUGUGAGGGGGAAGUUGGCUGUUGUUAAGAAGUGA